AAGACGCUUCGAAUUGUGUGAUCUUGACAUAAUCGAGCCCUUCAAGGAAGCGAGCGGAAAACUGAAUCGAGCCAAAAUUGGAGGGGGGAGGACGGCUUAUAAACCCGAUCCCGAUGGCAAAACCAGUAGCGCAAAAAGAAAAAAAUAAUAAUAUUUUUAAUACAAUUGAACGGGCGAAUUAAUUUUCGGCAAGUGAACGCAGAACAGGUAAAGAAGUCCUCAGAAUGCAUUCAUUCGCAAGACUGUUAUGACCUGAGAGUAGGACAAGCCUGCCGUACUACCGUCCAGCGCUACUAGCCCGAGGCUAGGGCUGUAUCCAAAAGGCUUAACCUUUACGUCGCGUGGACCUAUAUAAAGGGAAGUAUGAGUAGACAACGUCUGCUUGGUAAAAGAUCUUUAAGCAAUGAGUUGGCUCCUUUACAAUACGGGUUUGGUUUUGUGCUACCUCAACGAAUGGCUCCCGGACUUCAGUCUGGUGUUCGUUUUGGCCUGCUUAGUGGCCAGAUUUUUAAUCAAGCACAGCAAUAGGCGACUUCCUCCCGGACCGAUGAGCCUUCCCUUCAUCGGUUAUCUGCCAUUCUUGGGACAGAGAUUCCACCUGACUUUAACUCGCCUGUCCAAAUAUUAUGGGCCCGUUUAUCAAAUAUAUUUAGGUGCCAAACGUGUAGUAAUAUUAAGUGAUCCUAACCUGAUCAGGGAGGCCUUUCGACAACCCGUAUUUUCGGGUAGGCCGGACACAGAACUGACCAAACUAUUACAAGGUUACGGGAUCAUUAAUUCCGAUGGCGCGAGAUGGAAGGAACAAAGAGCCUUUAUCCACAGUGUACUUCGAGAAUUUGGAGCCAAGAAUAUGGGUCCGAGAAAGGCCGUUCUGGAGGCAAACAUUAAGGCAGAGGUUAACAAGUUCCUAGAAGAUCUCCUGGAAAUAGGAGAAAAACCUUUCAGCAUCCGUCCCAUGAUAGCAAAAUCAGUCAGCAGCGUGGUGGGAUCCGUGCUGAUGAGUGUCACUUAUUCAGAAAAAAAUUCAAGUUUUAUGAGACUCUUAGAUUUAAUCGACGAAGGAUUUCGUCUAUUAACUAUUUCCGUACCUGUCAACUUUAUUCCUGCUCUCAGAUUUGUUCCUGGUUGUAAUUAUGGUUAUCUGAAAAUUAAACAGAACCGACAAGAAACAGCAUCUUACUUUUUAAAAGUUGCCGAAGAGCAUCUGAAGACGUUAGAUCCUACUAAUAUUCGCGAUUUCGUCGAUGCUUAUUUAGUACAGUUGAAGAAAACACAGAACGAGGGAAAGAACAGUUAUUUUUCAGAUGAACAAUUAGUUCAAGUCAUGGGUGAUAUAUUUAGCGCGGGAUUAGAAACUGUGACGUCACUUCUAGACUGGGCAGUUCUCUUUAUGGUUUGCUAUCCUAACGUGCAGGCACGUGCGCAGAAAGAAUUGGAUGAUGUGAUUGGACGAGAGAGAUUACCGUCAUUGGACGAUCUUUCCAAAUUACCAUAUAUGGAAGCGACCAUUCUAGAAGUCUUAAGAAGAGCUAACGUCCUAGCAUUAGGAAAUGCACACGCAACUUUAGAGGAUACAAUUCUGGCCGGCUACGUCAUACCAAAAGACACUCAUGUCGUUCCUAACCUGUGGGCAAUUCAUAUGGACCCACACUUGUGGAUCGAUCCGGAAAAGUUCGAUCCCGAAAGAUUUUUAAAAAAUGGAGAAGUACAAAAACCCGAUUUUUUCAUGCCCUUUUCAGUUGGUAGGCGUAUGUGUGUGGGCGACACGUUAACUAAAAUGGAAGUCUUCCUGUUCCUAGCUAGUUUAAUACAUCAAUUUCAUCUCAGAAUCCCGAAAGGAGAAAUCCUGCCCAGCAUGGAUGGCACCAUUUCCAUCACGUUGACUCCCAACAUCUUCAAAGUAACCACAGUACUCAGAGACAAGCUAUUAGUGGCUUAGUUCAUAUAUAAAGCUGAACAUUUAUUAAUCUAGAUAGCAUAAAUGGGAAAAAUAAUUAAAAAAAAAGAAAAAAAAGAGAGAGGAAAAAAGGGAAUUUUUUUUUAAUUAUUUAGAAAUUUAAGAAAAGGAAAUUAUUCAAAAUAGAAAAGAGGUGUAUUUUAUUCCGUAGUUCCGAGCAGUCAGUUUUAGUUCGCCGGAUGCAGUGGUGGAGCGCGACGUUCUUUUCACCACUUAAUUUAUGUUUUUUUGAAUGAGUAUACGUCGGAUUUUCACGCACGACUACAACACGGUAUACCAUAAUUACUUGCACUAAUGGAAUUUUUUAAGAGAAUGUAAUUACAUUUUGAAUCCAGCAAAAUGUUUGAUCUCAUGUACUAUACUGAUGCCACUGCUAAAAAAGAUCAAUUUUUUUAUUAUAUAUUUUUUUGAAUCUACCUAAAACCAUUUUAUUCUGCUUUGUAAAAUGUCGAAAACAAGUCCAUUUAAAAUCCAUAAAGCAAAGAAUAUGAUAAGAAAUGAAUUAACUGGAUGUGCAAAGGAGAUCGAAUUGUCAUUAUAAUGCAUCUGCUAUCAUUUUUUACAUUUGUAAAUAUGCUUGACUAUUCCAACUAUUCCAAUAUCAUUUUUGUAAAUACAUCACAGAAUGUAAAUAAAAACAAUUUAAAAAUUAUUUUUGUAUUUUAUUUUAUUAAAACAAUUACGUUGAGAAUUUAUACGAGUUCAAAUUUUACAAACAUAUUCUGACUUAGUUUUGCAUACUACGCGAACAGCAUUUCUCUUUGUUCUUAUGACAGUGUGAACAUAACUUUACUGCAGAUCUUAGGAUGCUUGUCUUAAUUCUAAGUAUUUUAAAGCCU